AUGUUCAAUGCCGAGAAGCACUUUUUGUCCAAAACCAGCCAGAGCACGUCUGAAGAGAUAGACACGGGCGGAAUAAGAGUCUGGCUGGGGAACACCCCCUACAGCAAGCCGCCCAAAAAGAGUGCGCCAAAGGAGCCUGUUUUUCCAUACAAAAACAUCACUGAAAAAGUUGCCUCUGAUCUGCACAGUUUGUUUCUGGACUUCAUUGAAAAAGUGAGAAAAGAGAGCGCAAACAGCUCACUGACAAGCAUCCUGUACAAAAUGGAGCUCUUAGGCGCACUGGUCUCGCCCAUCCACCACAGAGAAGAGUGCAGCAGCGAUGCUCUUCUGAAAAGCGGAAUUGUCGUUAAUGAGACAAAAAACACCCUUGCAAUUGCCUUCAAAGGAGCCGUAAAAAUCUACCCAAAGGCCAUGCACAACUUUGUCCUCCACAUAAGAAGCGCGAAGUAUUUUAUCAUAGGGCCUGCUCUUAAGCUUGAGCGCCGGUUCUCUAAGUGA